AUGGAUGCCGGCUCUAGGAAGACGGAAAAACGAAAUCGGCCACCUGUUUCCUGCGAGCCAUGCCGGACUCGAAAGUUGAAGUGUAAUCGCCGUUUACCAUGCGAUGCUUGCACGAGGCGGAGCAGGUCUUCACUUUGUAACUACGCGACCAAUGCCAAUCGAAACAAACCUGAACCGUCCAAAGGCCGCGAUUUAAAAGACAGACUGAGUACCCUUGAGAAUUUGGUGUCUUCCUUUCUGUCGGCCGAUGCCGUUAUCCAGCCUGGGCUACUUACCGAAAGCGAGGUCACCACAGCAGACAGUGGAUUUGUCGCAUCAUCAGCCGAACAGUAUAACAGGCCCACAGAGCAGAGUUCAACUUUGAGCAGCUCAAGUGGAGGAGAAGAUACACUAACCCCAGAGACACCUCAUAUUCAGCAGACCGGAAAUGGUCAAGUGAACUACAUCGAUCCCAGCCAUUGGCUAUCCAUUUUGGACGACAUUAAAGAAGUCCGAGAGCAUUUAUCCAUAUCAAAUCAGCCUAUAUCACGGAAUGGGAUAGGUUUUGACGUGGAUCUCGCGGUAUCGGACGCCGGUUUUCUAUUUAGUUCAGACCAGAACCCGAGCUUUGACGAGAUCACACGAUCAUUGCCAUCUCAACCCAUAUGCGAUAUGUUGCUCUCUUGGUAUUUCAAUUCCCGGUUCAUGGUUCUGGGUAUUAUACAUCCAACCAAAUUUCAAGAUGAAUACGCAACGUUUUGGGAGUCACCGUUGACAGCACCACCGCUCUGGGUGGCCCUUUUGUUCUCUGUUCUCAGUGUCACAGUAAGCCUACGCCGGAUAUCGAGCAUAACAGAGCCCGAUGGUUCGAUACCUCCAAUAACGAUAUUGCAACAAAGAACGGUGCAAUGUCUCGUUCUCGGGCGAUAUGCUACUGCCAACGCAUACGCACUGGAGGCAUUUCUACUUCAUCUCCAGAGCUGUUACUUCAGCAACGACAGUGUCUCGGUCGAUCCAUGGUUCGAGAUGGGCACCAUUAUAAGGUUAGCAUUUCGCAUGGGCUAUCAUCGUGAUCCAAGCAGCCUGGCUGGUAUCACUGCGUUCGACGGCGAGAUGCGGCGUCGAGUCUGGCUUAACAUAUUCCAACUGGACGCAUUGAUAUCUUUUCAAAUGGGGUUCCCAAGUAUGAUACCUACGGAAUUCUGCGACACUGAGGUCCCUCGCAAUUUGGAGUACUCCGAUCUCUUCGUUGACAUGACAGUACUGCCACCAUCGAGGCCCCCUUCCGAGAACACACCUGUUCGUUACACUAUUGUCAAAUCUGGCGUCAUGGGAGUCUUCAAGAAGAUCGUAGCGCAUACACAGUCACUCUCAGUGCCAGCUUACGACAAAACAAUAGCGCUAGACACUGAAAUGAACCAAUUAUACAGUACAAUCCCGGAGUCUUUGAAGCGGCGAGAUGUCAAUCGCUCCUUUAUAGACCACUCUUGUCUCAUAUGGGAACGUUGCACAAUAGAGGUCCUCUACCUAAAGGGACUUAUCGUCCUUCAUCGACGAUACAUCAGUUACGAGCUGCAAAACCCUAGACAUGAACCCUCACGACGUGCUUGCGUUGAAGCAGCCCUGGAUAUGCUUUAUCGCCAAGCAGAUUUGCACAAAGCGUGUGAGCCCGGUGGGCGGCUAUACGAGGACCGGUGGAUGAUCGUUUCACUGCCCGUGCAUGAUUUUCUUUUGGCCGCUAUGGUGGUCUGUUUGGAUCUAUCUGUCCGCAUGCGCUCCCGAAUGGCAGCCUCAAGAGAAGGAAGGGAUUAUCAACAGCUUGCUGGCAGAGAGUAUCAAGCCCUCCAGACGUCUCAACGAAUAUGGGCCGUCAACAGUGCAGCUUCUCCUGAGGCGCACAUUGCAGCACUCGCCCUUGAUCUGAUGCUCAAAAAGGUGGCUGCGAAUGACGUUGGUCUUUUUUUCGUGAACGAUGUUUCGUCUGGGAAUACGGAUCCGGAUCCAAUUGUCGAUUCAGAACUGCCAUACGCGGAUAUCAUGUCGCAAAUGAUCGACGGAUCGGAGAGCAUCGACUGGGGCCUAUUGGACCGGUAUCUCCAAAAUAUGGAUACGGACCCAGAUGCCGCGGUUCAGUGA